GCCCCAGACUGGGCCCCACUGGUCCCCCUACAGCUCAUCUCUGCACUGAAGCCCCAGACUGGGCCCCACUGGUCCCCCUACAGCUCAUCUCUGCCCUGAAGCUCCAGACUGGGCUCCACUGGUCCCCCUACAGCUCAUCUCUGCACUGAAGCUCUAGACUGGGACUCAGCUGGUCCCCCUACAGCUCAUCUCUGCCCUGAAGCUCCAGACUGGGACCCAGCUGGUCCCCCUACAGCUCAUCUCUGCCCUGAAGCCCCAGACUGGGCCCCACUGGUCCCCCUACAGCUCAUCUCUGCACUGAAUCCCCAGACUGGGCCCCACUGGUCCCCCUACAGCUCAUCUCUGCCCUGAAGCCCCAGACUGGGCUCCACUGGUCCCCCUACAGCUCAUCUCUGCACUGAAGCUCCAGACUGGGACUCAGCUGGUCCCCCUACAGCUCAUCUCUGCCCUGAAGCACCAGACUGGGACCCAGCUGGUCCCCCUACAGCUCAUCUCUGCCCUGAAGCUCCAGACUGGGCCCCACUGGUCCCCCUACAGCUCAUCUCUGUCCUGAAGCCCAAGACUGGGCCCCACUGGUCCCCCUACAGCUCAUCUCUGCCCUGAAGCCCCAGACUGGGACCCAGCUGGUCCCCCUACAGCUCAUCUCUGCCCUGAAGCUCCAGACUGGGCCCCACUGGUCCCCCUACAGCUCAUCUCUGUCCUGAAGCCCAAGACUGGGCCCCACUGGUCCCCCUACAGCUCAUCUCUGCCCUGAAGCCCCAGACUGGGACCCAGCUGGUCCCCCUACAGCUCAUCUCUGCCCUGAAGCUCCAGACUGGGACCCAGCUGGUCCCCCUACAGCUCAUCUCUGCCCUGAAGCCCCAGACUGGGCCCCACUGGUCCCCCUACAGCUCAUCUCUGCCCUGAAGCCCCAGACUGGGCCCCACUGGUCCCCCUACAGCUAAUCUCUGCACUGAAGCCCCAGACUGGGCCCCACUGGUCCCCCUACAGCUCAUCUCUGCACUGAAGCCCCAGACUGGGCCCCACUGGUCCCCCUACAGCUCAUCUCUGCCCUGAAGCCCCAGACUGGGCUCCACUGGUCCCCCUACAGCUCAUCUCUGCACUGAAGCUCCAGACUGGGACUCAGCUGGUCCCCCUACAGCUCAUCUCUGCCCUGAAGCCCCAGACUGGGACCCAGCUGGUCCCCCUACAUCUCAUCUCUGCCCUGAAGCCCAAGACUGGGCCCCACUGGUCCCCCUACAGCUCAUCUCUGCACUGAAGCCCCAGACUGGGCCCCACUGGUCCCCCUACAGCUCAUCUCUGCCCUGAAGCCCCAGACUGGGCUCCACUGGUCCCCCUACAGCUCAUCUCUGCACUGAAGCUCCAGACUGGGACUCAGCUGGUCCCCCUACAGCUCAUCUCUGCCCUGAAGCCCCAGACUGGGACCCAGCUGGUCCCCCUACAGCUCAUCUCUGCCCUGAAGCUCCAGACUGGGCCCCACUGGUCCCCCUACAGCUCAUCUCUGUCCUGAAGCCCAAGACUGGGCCCCACUGGUCCCCCUACAGCUCAUCUCUGCCCUGAAGCCCCAGACUGGGACCCAGCUGGUCCCCCUACAGCUCAUCUCUGCCCUGAAGCUCCAGACUGGGCCCCACUGGUCCCCCUACAGCUCAUCUCUGUCCUGAAGCCCCAGACUGGGCCCCACUGGUCCCCCUACAGCUCAUCUCUGCCCUGAAGCCCCAGACUGGGCUCCACUGGUCCCCCUACAGCUCAUCUCUGCACUGAAGCUCCAGACUGGGACUCAGCUGGUCCCCCUACAGCUCAUCUCUGCCCUGAAGCCCCAGACUGGGACCCAGCUGGUCCCCCUACAGCUCAUCUCUGCCCUGAAGCUCCAGACUGGGCCCCACUGGUCCCCCUACAGCUCAUCUCUGUCCUGAAGCCCAAGACUGGGCCCCACUGGUCCCCCUACAGCUCAUCUCUGCCCUGAAGCCCAGACUGGGACCCAGCUGGUCCCCCUACAGCUCAUCUCUGCCCUGAAGCUCCAGACUGGGACCCAGCUGGUCCCCCUACAGCUCAUCUCUGACCUGAAGCCCCAGACUGGGCUCCACUGGUCCCCCUACAGCUCAUCUCUGCACUGAAGCUCCAGACUGGGACUCAGCUGGUCCCCCUACAGCUCAUCUCUGCCCUGAAGCCCCAGACUGGGACCCAGAUGGUCCCCCUACAGCUCAUCUCUGCCCUGAAGCUCCAGACUGGGCCCCACUGGUCCCCCUACAGCUCAUCUCUGUCCUGAAGCCCCAGACUGGGACCCAGCUGGUCCCCCUACAGCUCAUCUCUGCCCUGAAGCCCCAGACUGGGACCCAGCUGGUCCCCCUACAGCUCAUCUCUGCCCUGAAGCCCCAGACUGGGACCCAGCUGGUCCCCCUACAGCUCAUCUCUGCCCUGAAGCGCCAGACAUUCACAGAGGAGAUGAGACGGCAGCAGGCAGCCCUGAACACCUUCAUCAGGAAGAAGGCUACGCAACUGGACAUUAACACACUGGAGGAUAAACUACACACCUCUACAACAGGGUACAACACAGCACACACCUCUACAACAGGGUACUACACACCUCUACAACAGGGUACAACACAGCACACACCUCUACAACAGGGUACAACACAGCACACACCUCUACAACAGGGUACAACACACCUCUACAACAGGGUACAACACACCUCUACAACAGGGUACAACACACCUCUACAACAGGGUACAACACACCUCUACAACAGAGUACAACACAGCACACACCUCUGUUACAGGGUAAAACUCAACACACACCUCUACAACAGGGUACAACACCACACCUCUACCACAGGGUACAACACACCUCUACAACAGGGUACACCACACCUCUACAACAGGGUACAACACCACACCUCUACAACAGGGUACAACACAACACACACCUCUACCACAGGGUACAACACCACAGCUCUACAACAGGGUACAACACACACGGUACCAUCCAGACUGCUCAUAGUAUUUGUGUUCUUUUCUGUUUUGGUUCUGUAGCUGCUGCCAUGUUAUUAUAAUCCGUUUCUGUCCUUAUGUUCUUGUACACUUCACCGGCUCUCUGAACUGCAAACAAUCCCAAGAAGCAGAAGCCCUAUGGGAACAGAAUGACCCUCAUUUAGGUAAAUCUAUCUGUGUUCUGGUGUUGGAGGACGCCGUGGGAGAAUCUCAUUUACAUACUCCUCACGUCCUCUCUAUUUCUCUAAACCGAUUGGAGAAGGUCAGAGGGGAUGGACCUCUGGCUUUCUCAUCCAAUGGGCUUUGACGAGGCAAGGAGAGAGGAUGCCAGGAGUAUGUAAAUGAGAUUCUCCCAGUGUGCAAUUUGGGUGAGCUGCUGAGGAGCCUCCACAAGACCUCUGACCCCCAGCAGGCCAUAGGGAGUCACAGCAACCUGGGGUUACCUUGGAGACAGAACAGGAAUCUGGAUGUAAUCUGCCAACAGAAUGUCAAUAAAGAAUUACCCUGAAGGCCCAGAAUGUUAACCUGACGACUUCUUGACGACAGUACAAGAACUGAGCUGAAGAUCAAUGUUCGCGUCACCACCAUGGACGCUGAGCUGGAGUUCGCCGUCCUGCCCAGCACCACUGGCAAACAACUCUUCAACCAGAUAGUGAAAACCAUCGGGCUGAGAGAGACCUGGUUCUUUGGCCUACAGUACCAGGACAGCAAAGGCUUCUCUACCUGGCUCAAACUCAACAAGAGGGUGACAGCUCAGGAUGUACGCAGGGAGAACCCUCUGUUGAUAAAGUUCAGGGCCAAGUUCUACCCUGAAGAUGUAGCUGAGGAACUGAUCCAAGAGGCCACGCAACGACUUUUCUUCCUGCAGGUGAAGGAAGGCAUCCUGAAUGAUGAUAUCUACUGUCCUCCGGAGACGGCUGUGCUGUUGGCCUCCUACUCUGUUCAGACCAAACAUGGAGACUACAAGAAGGACUACCACUUCCCUGGUUACCUCAGCAGGGACAAGCUGCUUCCCCAGAGAGUUCUGGAGCAGCACAAGCUGAACAAGGAGCAGUGGGAGAAUAGAAUAAAGGUGUGGCAUGAGGAGCACAAGGGAGUGCUGAGGGAGGAUGCCAUGGUGGAGUAUCUGAAGAUAGCUCAGGAUCUAGAGAUGUAUGGAGUCAACUACUUCAGCAUCAAGAACAAGAAGGGUUCAGAGCUGUGGCUGGGGGUAGACGCUCUGGGCCUCAACAUAUACCAGAACACUGACAGGAUGACUCCUAAGAUCGGCUUCCCAUGGAGUGAGAUCAGAAACAUUUCCUUCAACGACAAGAAGUUUGUUAUAAAACCCAUGGACAAGAAAGCCCCGGAUUUUGUGUUCUACGCCCCUCGUCUGCGGAUCAACAAACGUAUCCUGGCGUUGUGCAUGGGGAACCAUGACCUGUACAUGAGGAGGAGGAAGCCAGACACCAUCGAGGUCCAGCAGAUGAAGGCCCAGGCCAGAGAGGAGAAGACUAAGAGACAGAUGGAUAAAGCUCUGCUUGAGAGCGAGAAGAAGAAGAGAGUGAAUGCGGAGAAGGAGACAGAGAAGAUCGCCAGAGAAACCAUGGAGCUGAUGGGCAGACUGAAACAGAUUGAGAAAGAGACCAAGAAAGCUCAGGAAGAGCUGGAGGAGCAGACUCGCAGGGCCCUGGAGCUGGAGAAGGAGAGGACGUUUGCCCAGGAGGAGGCAGAGCGUCUGGAGAAAGAGCGCAGAGCAGCGGAAGAGGCCAAGGCAUCCCUCCUACAGCAGUCAGAGAGCCAGAUGGAGAACCUGGCCACUGAACUGGCUGAUCUGACCUCUAACAUCUCCCUUCUGGAGGACGUAAAGAAGGAGAAGGACGACGAUACAAAGAGAUGGCAGAAAAGGACGGUCAUGGUGGAGGUUGAUUUGGAGCGGGCCAAAGAAGUUCUGAAGACUAAAGACAUCCAGGACUGUGUGCAGGGGGACCACGACGAGACCGACGAGAGCAGCGACGAGGCCAGCGCCGAGCUGACAUCACCAGGCAUGGUCAGAGACCGCAGCGAGGAGGAACGCAUGACGGAGGCUCAGAAGAACAAACGGCUACAGAAACACCUCAAGGUCCUGAGUACUGAGUUGGCCAGCGCUCGAGACGACAGUAAGAAUACUCCCAACGACCUGAUCCACGCGGAGAACGUUAAGGCCGGCCGGGACAAGUACAGGACCCUCCGUCAGAUACGACAGGGAAACACCAAGCAACGCAUCGACGAGUUUGAGUCCAUGUGAGAGAGAGAGAAUGAGUGAGUGAGAGAAUGAGUGAGUGAGAGAAUGAGUGAGUGAGAGAAUGAGAGAGAGAGAGAACAAGAGUCUGUACUGAAUCUAUGUAUUUGAAUGGAAGUCAUAUAGGCAGGUACAGUGUAAUUAUAACGUCAACAGGUACAGUGUAAUUGUAACGUCAACAGGUACAGUGUAAUUGUAACGUCAACAGGUACAGUGUAAUUGUAACGUCAACAGGUACAGUGUAAUUGUAACGUCAACAGGUACAGUGUAAUUGUAACGUCAACAGGUACAGUGUAAUUGUAACGUCAACAGGUACAGUGUAAUUGUAACGUCAACAGGUACAGUGUAAUUGUAACGUCAACAGGUACAGUGUAAUUAUAACGUCAACAGGUACAGUGUAAUUGUAACGUCAACAGGUACAGUGUAAUUGUAACGUCAACAGGUACAGUGUAAUUGUAACGUCAACAGGUACAGUGUAAUUAUAACGUCAACAGGUACAGUGUAAUUAUAACGUCAACAGGUAUAGUGUAAUUAUAACGUCAACAGGUACAGUGUAAUUAUAACGUCAACAGGUACAGUGUAAUUAUAACGUCAACAGGUACAGUGUAAUUAUAACGUCAACAGGUACAGUGUAAUUAUAACGUCAACAGGUACAGUGUAAUUAUAACGUCAACAGGUAGUGUAAUUAUAACGUCAACAGGUACAGUGUAAUUGUAACGUCAACAGGUACAGUGUAAUUAUAACGUCAACAGGUACAGUGUAAUUAUAACGUCAACAGGUACAGUGUAGUUGUAACGUCAACAGGUACAGUGUAAUUGUAACGUCAACAGGUACAGUGUAAUUAUAACGUCAACAGGUACAGUGUAAUUGUAACGUCAACAGGUACAGUGUAAUUAUAACGUUGACAGGUACAGUGUAAUUGUAACGUCAACAGGUACAGUGUAAUUGUAACGUCAACAGGUACAGUGUAAUUAUAACGUCAACAGGUACAGUGUAGUUGUAACGUCAACAGGUACAGUGUAAUUGUAACGUCAACAGGUACAGUGUAAUUAUAACGUCAACAGGUACAGUGUAAUUAUAACGUUGACAGGUACAGUGUAAUUGUAACGUCAACAGGUACAGUGUAAUUGUAACGUCAACAGGUACAGUGUAAUUAUAACGUCAACAGGUACAGUGUAAUUAUAACGUCAACAUUGCUUUAUUGACUUUGUAAGAACCCACUGCCUCUCCCCAGUAGUGUUUUGUCUACUGUGACUAAAGAUUGCCAUCUACUGGCUGUAACGUAUUACAUUUAUGUUUGCUAAAGUCAAAUUCCGUGGACUACAGACUGUAGGCUACUAGUUCAACAAUCAAAGUGAGUGAUGACAUUAUUACUACAUCAUUCCUGUUGCUUUUGGGUUUUGCAAUCUUGAAAUGCAUCUAUGCAAAAUAAUCCUUAGCUGAUACACUAUAAACCCCAUUUUUUUCUGUAUGCAUAGUUUAGUGAGAGGAACGGUUAGAGGUUAUUUACAAUAUUUACAGUGGAUGUCAUUUCACACAUAUAAAUGAGCAACACAUUGUGUUUUGCUAUGAGUCAAAUAAAUACCAUUAACCAACGUUGAA